AUGAAGACAGUCAUUUGGCUCUCGCUUUUCGGGGUGGGUGCGCUCGCGCAUCCCUCGGGCCUUUGGUGGGGUACUGACCAGUGCUAUCCAAGCCCGGAAAACACUGACAACCAGUGCUUGGAGCCACAGCACACUGGUUUUGACUGGUCCGACUUGGCCAACGGGGACAAUUGGAGCUUUGAGGGUUUCAAUUUCGUUGGUUUCACUCCCAACAGUGGUUGUGGAUCUGCGGAGGGCAAGUGCAUCCAGGCGAGGCUGUCUCGCGAUGACGGCUACGCUAUCAAAGUUGAAGCCAACCAAGCACCGUUCUCCGUCAGCAACCUGCAUAUGUCCACCUCGCGGGAGACCAUGGUCCUCAUGAACUACGAGAUGGCAGACGGAUCCACCUGUCGCCAGCUGGCCUGGAGCUCACCGGCUGGAGCCGACGUGACCAACGAACAGUGUGGUAAUGCCGUCGCUGUUGAGUUUGCCCUCCCUGAGGAUAGCAAGUUUGGCGAAUGUGACCUGAACAUUCACCGCAUGGACUUUGACUGUUCUCCUGGACCCAAGCCGCCUUCACCUCACACAUCGCAUACCCAUACCGAGUCGACUCCUACUCACACAUCGGAAACCCAUACCGAGUCGACUUCUACUCACACAUCGCAUACCCAUACCGAGUCGACUCCUAUUCACACAUCGCAUACCCAUACCGAGUCGACUCCUACUCACACAUCGCUUACCCAUACCGAGUCGACUCCUACGCCUUCCACCGUAUGGACCUACCCGACGACAACGAGCACAAUAAUAAGAGUGCCUCCUGAGUCUUGGACCACUUCUACCGUUUGGACAACCGAGGAGAUCACGAUUACCUCUUGCGCACCCACAGUUACUAACUGCCCUGCUCAUUCUACCACCGUCGUUACAUCUACUUAUGUUGCUUCAACUACCGUAUGCCCACGUCGGCCAACCGAGCGGACGACUGAGGCUCCUCCAAGCCCGACCACCAUAACCAGCCCUGCCAUCCCCAGCACGUCCGUGGUCCCUGCUCCAUGCCCCGAGCUGGUCCCCAAGUGUCUGAACACCUGGCUCUCCAUUCCCAAGUGCGACUCCAACAGUGAUGCCGCCUGCUUCUGCCCGUCUUCCGAGUUUACUGAGAAGGUGACAACCUGUAUUCAUUCUUGGGGCAGAUCGGAGAAGGAAGUUGAUUCGGCUCUUUCUUACUUCGCCGGUAUCUGUGCUCCUUACGUCCCCCAGAACCCCGAGAUUAUCGACAUCGCGCCACCUAGCAGCACUUCUCCGGCCGAGGUUCCGCACCAUACUGUCACUGCCCCAGCUCCUAGCAUGACAGGGCCUUCCGAGGAGGUUCCUCCCGAGGUUCCGCACCGUACUGUCACUGCCCCAGCUCCUGGCAUGACAGGGCCUUCCGAGGAGGUUCCUCCCGAGGUUCCGCACCAUACUGUCACUGCCCCAGCUCCUGGCAUGACAGGUCCUUCCGAGGAGGUUCCUCCCGAGGUGACCCCGGCGCCCACCGCACCGAAGACUCCUUGCACUACCAUGAGUUGGUCUUCGCGUACUGUUACCGCGCCGCUGGUCGAGUUCAGCACCAUUCCCGUUGGCAGCAGCUAUACCGUGGCGCUUGUCCCUGGCACCACGGCCGACACCCACCCGAAAACCAACCAUCGCACCUGUACAAGGUCGACGACUUCAACUUUCUCUACUUCCACCACCUCCAAGACCACUACCUGCCUCACUCACACCCACAAACCCACGGCGACUAUCACUUAUUCUAAUGGCGGAUCAAGGGGUUCUUUCUCCAGCAUGUGGGCGUUUGUUGUGGUCUUUGCUAUCAUGUGGCUCAAGUAG